AUGGAUGCAAAUACUGCUAGUGAGUUUCUCCUACAACCCCCCUGAAUUAUUUCAAUUGAUGUUCUUCAGAAGCCGUGAAAAAAGUCACAGAUGUCCUUCAAUUAUACGAAGAUAUUUUCAAAGUAUUAGAUAUGGCAGACUUUGCGCGAAUUGUUCAUGUUGGAGCAGUUGUUAAAGGUAUUCUGUCCUUAGCUGGAAUGAUGCCAGAAGAUCCAGUGAUGGUCAAAUUGAGACAAUUAGAAGGAAAGAUUGAUAAAUUGUCUAGAAAAAUGACAAAUCAUUUUGAUCAACUGAAAGCGUUUAUGGUGGAACACAGUUUCUAUGCAGAUGUUGCGGCGACUGCUUCGACUCUCACAAAAUUAAUGUGUGAUACAUUAACUCAUCCGAAUCAUCAUAGUGUUGGUAUAUUUAGACAAGCUUGCGAAAGAACACCACCUUUGCAAUAUGCAUAUGUAAGUAGGGAAUUUCGGAAUUCUGAAAUUCCGGAAAUAAAAUUGGAAGUGGAAAUGAAAUGAAAGGGACUUCCGAAACCUCUAAAUAUCUGGUCUUUUUCUGUCUCCACCUUUAAAGCACAUUUCCAGAAACUGAUCAGUCUUAUGGAACAAGAUUCAACAAAUCCGCUGAAAAAAGCGAUGGCUGCCGAUCCUUUACAAUCAAAAAGUACAUUCAACAAAUGGCAAGAUAUUAUCUUGCGUGUUGUUGCCGAAUUCGUGAGUUUUUCCAAUUUGUCUCUCACAUAUUUUCUCAUUUAGUAUGCUCUUGAACUUUAUGUUAAUGGUCUUUUCUGGAAUUCAAACAUGUAUGGACCAAAUCAAUUAAAAUCUAGAAUUAAUGAAUUGCAAAAAUUGAUGAAAAGUUGGAAAGUGAACUACGAGAAAAAUGCGUAUUAUUGGCCGGAAAAGGCGAGAGAAUUUAUUGAAAAUAUUCAAGAUAAUAACACGGAUAUUGGAAAUCAGGAGAAAUGUGAUAAGUUGGAGAAAGCUUUUGAAGAUGUUCUAAGCAAGUAGGAAUACUUUUGUAAUUCUCAAAAAUGAAAGUAGAAUAUUAUUUCAGUGAUUCAUUCUACAUCCUAGUAUACAAUCAUUGUGGCGGUUUUGAUAAACAUAGUUUUUGCUACGAACCUUCUCAAACAAUUCUUUCAUUUCGUCGCGGUCAAUGUUGUGUGGUUGUUUAUCGAAGUAAAUAUGCAAAAAGUACUAGCGAAGAUAAUUUGGAAUCGAUACGAACUGACAUUGAUCGUUUGGAGGCGAACAGAAGGUUGAGACAUUUUUUUGAUAUGGAGAGACAUGAAAUAUAUUUCAGAUUUCACAAUUGCAGUGAGGAUUUGAGUCGCGAAAUGAAGGAAUUUGUGAGCAAGGCUGGAUUCGUUGGAAUAAUGCGAUCCCAUUUAAAUGUAGCAGUAGCAUAUGCGAAUAUUGUUCAUAAUCGUGGACCAGGCUGGUAUCGAACAGCUGGACCCGUUUUUAUGAUUGCUGGUUAUGAAUAA